AGCGUGCGGCCCCGGGGCGGCGCCUGGACGCGCAGCUUUGCAGGAAAUUGACAGGAGCGGCAGGGCGAGUGUUUGCCGCACGGUGGCCGGGAAGCACCGCAAAGAUUGGGCAGCAGUAUGGAGAUGGUGCUGGGGAGUUUUCGCCCGCCUGUAGCAAACGUUGCACUAACCCAGGACUGAGCGGCACGUUGACUGGCGAUUCUUUGGAGAAUGCAAAAAAUGAAAAUGCAGUGACCAGUUAAGCACAGUGAGCAUCUACAAAUAUAAUAAGGAAGUAGAGUUGAUGAAUGGACACAUACUGGCCACGACACCGGGAGUAACUCCUCUGCUCUUCAUUGAAACAGCACUGUCGCAUCAGUUUGAAGUCUCAGCUCAACGAUUGGCACUUCUGACAGUGCAACACUCAGUCAGUACUGCACUGGAGUAUCAGCCUGGAUGUUUGCGCUCGGGGGUUUCCUGCUGUAAGGGUCGAACUCAGAUCUGUCAGACUGAGAUUCUUUUACAAGCAUCUCAUCUGCAGAACCUUCUCCAGCCACUGAGCUGAAACCUCCUUUUCAAAAUUUGAAGUUGAAGACUCACAGACACUUACCAUGUCCAUGGACCACAGCCCCACUACCGGAGUGGUCACAGUAAUUGUCAUUCUUAUCGCCAUAGCAGCUCUCGGUGCUUUGAUCCUGGGCUGCUGGUGCUACCUGCGCUUGCAGCGAAUAGGCCAGUCAGAAGACGAGGAAAGCAUCGUGGGGGAAGGAGAAACCAAAGAGCCCUUUCUGCUGGUGCAGUACUCUGCGAAAGGGCCCCGGGUCGAGCGGAAAGCCAAGCUGACAGCGAAUGGUUCGGAAGGCCACGGCUAAUCUGCAGUUGCAGUUCAUGUGACAGCGUCUGCUGUUUUGGACUAAACAUUUGUAGUCAGAUCAUUCUUCAUACUGUGAAAGUUUAAAUCUCUUCAAGCUGCUUAUUAAAAAGGGCAUUACAGCUGGACCUGGUGUAAUCAGAAAUCUGAUCUGCAACUGCAUGUUAAAGGAAAUCAAGACUAGCCAUUUAAAACUUAAGUGUUUCCUCCUUGAAUUCUAAGCCCUCGAGCUUGUGUUAAUGCAGUAGCUACUGUAAUUUUCAUUCUUACUGAACCUGUGGAUUUUAGUGGGGGGGGGGUAAGUGUGUGGGGAUGAGGUUGAAAUUCUAGUCCAUUUUCCACACAAUAGCAUUUGUAUUCUGAAAAGCAAAAAUGAUCUGCUGUAAGUGUUACCAGACCUGGUUUUGAUAAUCUUGCAGUGUUUUCCUGUGUUUGAGGCCAAGUUGGAAUUGGGGGAGGGGUUGUAAGGGGGAAGAGAAGCAGCUACAGAAUUAGAAAUCUGGUUUUUAACUUAACUCCUGAUAAAGGGUCUCGGCCCGGAACUGUCGACUCCAUAGAUGCUGCUUGUCUCGCUGAGGUCCACCAGCAUUUUGUGUGUGUGUGUGUGUGUGUUGCUCAAGAUUUCCAGCAUCUGCAGAAUCUCACGUGUUUGUUUUAAAAUAACCUGAUGUUACAAUCAUUAUUUGUGGCAGAACUAGUUCAGAUUUGUCUCUCACCCCUUAAAUUGGAUUCUGCAAGAUCUUUUAGUUUAGGAAAUGGAAGCAGGGAAUGGGGGUGGGGGGGGAAGAGAGGAAUCAUUUCUACGGAGUUACACAAUGAAGACUGCAGAAUUGUUCUCUAACUUGUGCAUGAGGUUGUGCUGAAAUGACAUGACUGCUAGGAUGCUACCAAAGCACUUUCUAAAAAAAAAACUGAUUCUAAUCAGGGCCUAUGAUGGAGAAGGCUGUAGUUGGAAACUACAAAUGAUCCGGAAGGUCUGUACAACAAUGGUGGCUGAGCAGUUUGUUAAAAUUGAACGCAUGUAUAAAUGGGGUUUGUAGUACUGAAAUGGUUUAAUUUAAAAACUUGAUUGUGGUACUCUACCAUAAUAUUCUUUCCUGUAAUUCUGUUUUUACAAAUGAACUUACUCUAUGUACAUUGUAAUCAAAUUUCAUUAGUGCAAUAUUCAAUGUAAACAAAUAAAGAAUUUCCCCUUUUACCAGUACUUAUCUGCAAAAAAAAUUAAGCUCAGAACCUGAUAGGAUUUUGUUUUACAAGAACUGGUUAUCAGAAAGAAGAAAUUUACUCAUUUGAUAAAAAUUAACAGGUGUUUUUCUUUCUCCUCCCAC